AUGUCUCAAAAGUCUGUGUCAAUUGAUAGCUACAGAAGUCACAGAAUGAGACAGGAAUGUCACUGCGGUCUCGAUGCUCCAUUGAUGACGGCCUGGACCGAUACAAACCCAGGACGUCGCUUUUUCGGUUGUGGGAUGUACAAGGUUCAAGGUUUCAAGAAGUGCAGUAACUUUGUUUGGCUUGAUGAGGAAAUGAACCCUAGGGCAAAAGAAGUAAUUUCGUGCUUAAUGCAAAAGUUGAAUGAAGAAAAGCAGAGGGUUAAGGAUUCAUUCGCAAAAGAAGAAGAAUUGAAGAUGAAGAUGAAACUGAUAAAGAAACAGUUGAAGUUUAAUUGGGUCAUGACCAUUGUUGUGUUGUUGCAUGGUUUAUCAAUCAGUGAAGUUGCUUAUGUUAACAGUAGAGGUGCCUAUUGUAAACAAACUGUUGGUGUUGGUCAAUAG